AUGAUGGGUGGGUUGAGGGCAAGCACCACGACGCUGCAGCCGUCCGGCGGGCGCAUGCAGGAGGCCAUGCUGGCGGGGACGCAUGAUGACGGGUUGGUGUCGAAGCUGUUCCUGACGGACCUCGGACGCGAGUUCCGGGACGAGCUCGAGCUGUAUUCGAGCGACAUGGUCUCCCAGACCACCGUCCUGCUUCAGAAACGACGCCAGAUGGACCAGGUGGAGGCGAUGCUGAAGCAGAAACGCAAGGAGUUCGCGCGGAGAAACAAGAAGUGCGACAAGUGGGAGAACCUCCUCAUGCAGAAACAGGUCAAGCUCCAGGAGACCAUCGGGCAGUUCGAGCGCUUCGUCCGCGAGAACGACCUGAAGCGCGCGCGCGCCCAGGAGCGCGAGGUCGGCCUGCGUCAGGAGCUGGAGCGCCGCGAGAACGAGCUGGACAACCUGACGAUGGAGCUGCAGCGGCUCCGGCUGCAGCGGGAGGAGAACGUGCACCUCACGCAGCGCCUCUCCAAGUACAGGGACUUCCUCGACGAGGUGCUGCAGUCGUCCGGGGGCGACUACGAGGCCCCGGAGGCGCUCAUGGCGCAGCAUGAGAUGUUGGUUACAACCAAGGCCAGUCUUUUGGAGGAGAAGGCGAAGGGGGAGGCGCGGUUCGAGGAGGCGAGGGCGCGGAUGAACGCGUGGGAGGCGCAGCAGUCGUCGCUGCUCGUCACGCUGGUCAAGGACCUCGCGGAGCUGCAACAGAAGCUGGAUGUGCUGUCGGGGCAGAACCAGACCGAAGGGCACCGCGACGCGCAGCGGCACCAGGCGAAGAUCUACCAGACGUCGGAGAACCUCCAAGUCCGCAUCGCGAUCCACAACAUCUUCGAGCGGUGCCGCGGGCGCAACAUCACCAGCCACGGCUGGGACCAGAAUCAGAUCCUGUCGUACGUCAACGACCGCAUGUCGGACCUGCAGCACAUCGCCGCGCACCGCCAGCAGAUCAUCGAGCGGCAGUUCGUCGGCAAGGAGAAGCGGCGGCGGCGGCGGCGCCGCGCGGACGACGAGACCGGCCGCGCGCGCACCUCUGUGCACGGCGGCGACGACGGCGGCGACGGCCAGGCCGGGCGGCGGCAGGGCAGCGUCCUCACGGACGACAUCGGCGCCGGGCCCUCCGUCACGCAGAUACGCACGGGCGACAAGGGCCCCACGCUGCGACAGGCACUGCAUGCGUUCCAUCACGUCGAGCAGCGGGACCAGGGCCCGCGCGGCAGCGUCGUGCGGAUGUCCGCGACGGGCAGCGACGGCUCCGGGUCCGCGGGGCAGUCGCAGCACGGCAGCCGGCGCGCCUCGGGUGAACAAGCGCGACCGUCGUGGCUCAUGCCUGCGCCGGAGGGCCCGCCGCCGCCAGCGCCGCCGUCGACCGCGGUGGGGACGCGUGAGGGGCAGGCGGCAGGGGCGCCGCGGGACGCCGGGGCGCCAGGGGGGGUGUUGGCUGAGUCGCACUCCGCUGCGCAACUGGCGGAGUCGUCGCCGUCGGGGCACGUGCGGGACGAGCGGAGGACGCAGUCGGCCGUGAUGGACGGGGCGUCGGGGGCGGAGGGCGACGGGGGGGCGCGGGCGAGUGUGGGGGAGUUCGAGACCACCCCUGGGGACUGA